AGUCGCGGGUGAUAAGCGUGUGCAAGUGGGUGUACGUUCUGUUCUCCGUACAUUCUCGCGCAAAUACGUAAAUACCGUCUCGAACACGUUUAAUUGGAUUUCAAGUUAUCAACCAAUCGUGAAUUGUUUAGUGUGUACUUUAUGUGGAUUUGUUUUGUGUUUUUCGUUAACAUUUGAAUGUGUGUGUGUGAAAACUAGUUAUUUUUUUCUGUGCACUACUAUUUGGAUAUUUUUUCGCCUUCAAGUUUGUGAUGGCGUAGCGUAAUGGAGGGCGAGUGCUCGGAGAGCGCGGAGGGCUGGCUGUUGGUGCGCGUGCACGUACCUGAGCUCAAUGUCCAGAAAAGCCUGCAGUUCCCACGCGACCAGCUCGUGUGGGACGUGAAGCAGCAGUGUCUCGCCGCCUUGCCAAAGGAAUUGAAGGAGAGCUUCAACUAUGGUCUGUUCUGCCCUCCGGUCAACGGCAAGGCCGGAAAGUUCCUCGACGAGGAGCGUCGACUUGGCGAUUAUCCUUUUAACGGACCUGUUGGAUAUCUUGAGUUAAAGUAUAAGCGUCGUGUGUACAAGAUGCUAAAGCUAGAUGAGAAGACGCUGAAGGCGUUACAUUCGCGAGCCAACUUGCGCCGCUUCCUCGAACAUGUUACGCACGCUCAGAUCGACAAGAUCACUAAGGCCUGUGCAAAGGGUUUGGACCCGAACUUCCACUGCCAUGAUACCGGAGAAACGCCUUUAACAAUAGCGGCUGGCUUAAAAUCACCUGGCAAAGUCCUAAUAGCCCUUGUGAAUGGCGGUGCUUUACUCGACUACAGAACGAAAGAUGGCAGCACAGCUAUGCAUAGGGCUGUAGAAAAAAACUCGUUAGAAGCAGUGAAAACGCUUUUAGAACUUGGAGCGUCACCGAAUUAUAAGGACAGCAAGGGAUUAACACCUUUGUAUCUAUCGGUUACAAAUAAAACGGACCCAUUAUUGUGCGAAACGUUAUUGCAUGAUCACGCAACUAUUGGAGCUACGGAUCUGCAAGGGUGGCAAGAAGUGCAUCAGGCCUGCCGCAACGGUCUCGUCCAGCACCUGGACCACCUGCUGUUCUACGGCGCGGACAUGAACGGGCGCAACGCGUCGGGCAACACGCCGCUGCACGUGUGCGCCGUCAACGCCCAGGACUCCUGCGCCCGCCAGCUGUUAUUCCGCGGCUGCGACAAGGAAUCGCUCAACUUCGCCAAUCAGACCCCCUAUCAGGUAGCAGUUAUAGCUGGAAACUUAGAAUUAGCAGAAGUAAUAAAGAAUUAUAAAACGGAAGAAAUCGGUGAGUUUAAAUCUUUAUAUGGCGCAUGGUUUUGGCUGCCGCUUCUUAAAAUUCAUAUCGACUUAAUUCUCAAUUGAUUCCUAUAAUAUGUCGAUUAUUUAUAUUUUUAUUAUAUGCAACUGCUUUUACAUCAACCAUAUUGUUGUUAGUUAAUAAUACUCAGAUAUAUAUUAUUAUUAUUAGAAAUCAUAUAUACCUAUUAACACGCAAAAUCCAUAAAUACAUAGCAUGUUUUCAUCCAACAUUUCCGUUUUUAUAUAUUAGCUGUUUUUCUAUAUUCCAUUGCUUUUUAUAAUGGUGAUGGUUGUAUAUUUUUGGAUUAUCAUAGGUCUGUUACAUAAUAUAACACAAUAUUAUAGUAAUGUUUAUCGAUUGUCAAACGCAAACAUAUGUAAACACACUAAUUUGUACUAUGACUGUAUCUUGUGUAAAAAAUAUAAUAUUAUAUGUAUAAAUUUUAUUCAUGUUGUGAUAUUCUCGAUCAAGUUAGUUUUGUUUCGUUCGUCGCACGAUUAUCCAUUUUGUUUAUGUUGGUUCCGUUUUACAAUGAAGUCUACGUUCAAAUAUUUAUUUGAGAGCACUUCAACCCAACUUUUGAGUUGUUGGAAUUCCGAUUGGUUUCCGCACGUUUACUUUGAGUAUUAGUUUUGGGUUGUUAACGAAACGUUUUCAGUGCCUUUCCGCGGGCCGCCCCGCUACAACCCGAAGCGGCGGUCUGCGGCGUGGGGCGGCUGGUGGAGCGCCGGCGACCGCUCGUCGCUGGCCUCCUCCACGCGCAUCCCCGCCGACCUGGACGCGCUGCUGCGCCGCCCGCAACUCGCGCCGCUGCCGCCCGGCUCACCCUGCAGCCUCCAAAGACCGUUUUCCUCUGCGUCCUCGAGCAUUAGUGACGCGAGCCACCCGAGCCACGAGGACGACGCCAGUAUACUCACAGGUAACUGCCGGCCGAGCGCUGCGCUCGCUUGCACACGUGGACACGACACGUGCCAAGACAACCAUCACCAUGCAUCAACCUCACUGAGCAAGGUCACACCGACUGCAUGUUCUAUGUUUUUUCAAUUAGAUGUUUUCAUAUUUCUCACGAUCCGCUUCAUCGCUUCUAUUCCUUUCGGACGUGUUUGUUUUUAAGUUAUUUACUGUUAUUUAGUUCCUAUUGUAACAUGUUGCCGUAACUCACCCCGCUCUGAAUGGAAAAAGUUUUGAAAUUAGCCUGAAAUUACAAAGAUACAAAACUUUCAAUGUAAUUACAAGCACUCACGUUUAGUAAAAGUUUUCUAUACAUUUAAACCAUUAAACACGUUGGCCUUACAAACAUCUAGUGCACAAUUU